AUGUCUUUCUUCACAUCCAGCUCGAUGGAUAAACUGGGGUCGCGUCUUGCCUCCAUUGUCUCCACUGCAUCGGAGAAGGUCAAGGAGGCGGCAGAGAGGACCCUUACAAAAGAAACUCCUCUGGAGCGCAAUCUAAGGGAAGCAGUCAGCGACAAGAAUUGGGGAUGUCCGACAUCAAUUCUUGCAGAGAUCGCGCGCGCCUCUCACAACUUCCUCGACUUCCCUGUUAUAUCCCGCACCAUGUGGGCUGCUAUUUCUGAGGCCCCUAAACGUUGGCGCAAAAUCUUUAAGGGGUUAACUAUGUUGGAGUACAUGCUAAAGAAUGGACCCGAGAGGUUCGCUGAAGAAGCACGAGACAGAACUUAUCUACUCAAGUCCCUACAGAGCUUCAGCUGGUCCGAAGAGGGAAGGGAUAAAGGGGCAGGCAUUCGGGAGAAAGCAGGGCUCUGCACAACGUUGGUAUUUGACGCUGAGGAGCUGAAGGCAGCUCGAGAGACAGCAGCAAAAAACAGAGACAAAUACAUUGGCAUAUCCUCGGCUUCUUCUAUGGUCCCCCGCAGCAGCAGCAGUAGCAGUAGCAGCAGCAGCAUCAGGGGACAGACAACAGCAGUUGGAUUUGGCAGCAGCACGAAGCCUUCUCCAUCUCCGCAGAGAGACACCCGAGGUGAGUCAGCCGCGCCGCCGACAGUUGCAUCUCGUUCGUCAUCGGGGAAAGAGAAGACAGGCUCCUCAGGGAAGAAGGGGGGCAGCAAGAAGAGUGACAGCGGCCCCUCAGCUGGUGCCAAGCCCACGGAGCAGAAGUCUGCGGUACAGCAAGCAGACUUACUUGGAUUUGACAGCCCACCUCUUGGACAGCAAGAGGCGCCAGCGGCCCCUUCUCCCUUUGCUUCAGGGACGAGCGUUUGGGGGGAGCAAGUCGUUUCCUCAGGCGCCGCGGAGGGAGCAGGCAGCAGCAGCAGCAGCGGCCUUGGUGGCUUCUUCCUUCCUCCUCCCCCAGGGACCAGUGUGCCCGUAGGCAGCAGCAGCAGCAGCAGCAGCAGCAAUGGCGCAGGGAGAGGGGUCCCCGCAGACGUUGCAGGCAACAGUAGCAGCAGCAGCAGUGAUGAUUUGUUCGGGGGGUUUCAAGCGGCAGCUCCAACCCCCACGACUACUGCUACAGGGGCGAUAUCAGGAAGUAGCAACAGCCUGGAUGCUGUUGCUGCUGCCUUUGCUGCUCCCACAGCUCCUGCUGCUGCUCCCCAAUGGAGCAAUGGGGUUGGAGGGGUCGGAGGUGGUUUCGCAUCUACUCUUGAAGGACUCAGCGGCUUCAAUGCAACGCCAGCGGGCGCUGCCGAUGCAGGAAAGGGGGCGCAGGGCGCUGCUGCUGCAGCGCCGCAGCUGCAACAAUGGCAGCAGCCAUUCACCAUGGGCAACAAUAGCAGCAGCACCAGCAGCAGCAACAGCAACGCUCUCGCGUCGCCUCAGGCUUUCACCCUGAGCAGCAGCAGCAACAGUAGCAAUAGCAGCAGCAGCAUGAAUAUCCCCCAGCCAUUUAGCCUGAGCGGCAACAGCAAUGCCACCUCACAGCCGUUUUCUCUGGGCAGCAGCAACAGCAGCGGCACGCAGCCACCCAGUAUGGGCACAGCGGCAGCAGCGCCGCAGCCUUUCUCCCUGGCGGGAAUGUCGUCACAGCCCUGGCAGCAGCAGCAACAGCAGGCUGCUCCAAACUUUGCCUCGGGACAGCCCAGCCUAUUCUAG